CUACAUCUACAACAACAACAACAAUGCUUUACAUAACCACAACUUCAACAACAACGCCAUGAGUAGUAGUUUACACAACACCAUCAGCAGCAACAUGUUACCUAAUAACAUCAGUACUUACCCACAUAACAACAACAUAAUAAUAAACAACAACAACAAUAGUAACAGCAGCUGUAACAACAACGACAACAUACCUUCACACAAUACUUCAGCUUCCGACCUAGGAACCAAUCCAAAUGCUGACCCAUCUCAGUGGGGGGUCUCCGAAGUGUACAACUUCAUUCGAUCGCUGACCGGCUGCUCCUUGUACGCAGACGACUUUCGCAAGCAGGAGAUAGACGGCCAGGCCCUGCUUCUACUGACCGAGGACCACCUGAUGACCGCCAUGAACGUCAAACUUGGGCCCGCGCUUAAAAUUUGCAGCAACAUCAGAGCCAUGAAAGAUGCAUGUAACAGCAGCGGUGGUGGUGGAGGUGUUUGA